GCAGGGAGAUGGGUGGAGAGCCCUAAAAUAACCUGCGGACUUGUCAUGGCUUCUGGAAAAGUGCACUCUAACCAGCUACAAUGGCGACCGGACCAGUAACGCAGCAGAUCGUCAGGAAUCAGCAGGGGACGCAGAAACCUCAGGCAAACGUGCACCUCUCGGACGUCGAAGACUGCCUGGUAUACGAUCGGUAUGGAAAUGGUAUUCCUUUCGGAAGAUUGUAUCAAGAUAAGACAUCAAUCAUCGUUUUCGUUAAGAACUUCUUGUGCUACACGUGUAAAGAGUAUGUUGAAGAUCUUGCCAAAAUCCCAAAGAAAUCGCUCCUGAGUGCUGAUGUCAGAUUGGUUCUGAUUGGACAGUCAUCUCACUGUCAUAUAGAGCCAUUCUGUGAAUUGACGAGAUAUCCCCAUGAAAUAUAUGUCGAUCCUGAAAGGAAGAUUUAUACCACACUGGGGAUGAGAAGAGGAGAGGCCUUUGCAGAAUCAGCGUCGCCGUCUCCGCACGUGAGAUCCAGCAUGCUCCGGGGCACCGUCGGCAGCCUGUGGCGGGCCAUGAGAAGCCCCGCCUUCGAUUUCCAAGGAGACCCCCUCCAACAGGGCGGGGCCAUCAUCGCCGGCCCGGGUUCUGAGGUUAACUUUGCACACUUUGACAUGAAUCGACUGGACCAUAUGCCUAUAAACUGGCUACUGCAACUGGCCGGAGUGGAAACCGUUGACUUCAGCGAUCAGCCAAAGAUAAUCCAUGUUUGAAAUAUGAAAUCUAUAAAGGGCGAGGCGGGGUGACGGUUAGGGGCGGGGCAACUGCAAGUAAACAAGAGCGUUUAACUGUACAUAGGACUAUUUAAUUGCGUAUUAAAGCUAUCCUUUUUCACUGGAGACUUCAAUAAAUCAUUUUUGUACUCA